AUGCCUAAAUGCUGCUCAAAAUUUACGUUGAAGGGAAGAGUUGGAGGAGGGGGAGAGAUAGGUGUGUCCAUGGGCCGGCCCUUACCCAUAAGAAGGGAGGAGUUGGAGGAGGAAGGAGGGAGAGGAAGAGGACGGAGGAAAAGCGAAAGAAAGAAGGAAAACAAGGAGGAAGAGGAAAAACAAAAGGAAGAAAGGAGGAGAAAGAGAAGGAGAAGGAGGAAACGAAAAAGAGAAGGAAGUAGGAUGACAAAAAUGAGAAGAAGAAAUAGAAAGAGUAGGAAAAAAGAGGAGAUAAGAGGAGCAGUAGAGGGUAAAGAUGAGGAAAAUCAGGAGGAAGGAGGAAGGAGGAGGAGCAAGAGAGGGGAAAGAGGAGGAAAAUUGAAGGAGGAGAAAGAGAAGGAAGAAGAGGAAAAAAGGGAGGAGAAGAAAAAUGAGGAGUUGUCUCUUCUGUGCCUAAAUGUUGUUCGAAAUUGA